AUGGCGAACCAGACAAUUUCUGGCGAUCUUGCGGUCAAGAUGCCACUCCAUUCCGAGUUCCUCGAGCAUCUGCUGCAAGUAGCGGACAUGGACGAACCGGAGAAAGACAUUGUGCGUGAUGCGCUCAAUGACUCGAUCGCUGAUUCAGACCAUGAGGCACUCACCUAUAGAAUGCUCUCCUCAGCCUUGAACUACUGUAAGGCCAAUGGCAUGCUGUCAGGCAUGGAGUCUUCGGUGGUCAAGAAAUUACUCGGUCGGAUUGCGACGCAUGUUGGGAUUUCACCGACUCAGGUGGAAGAUACCUCCUCUGCAUCCAUAAAUGCGCGCUCUACAACAAAUCCCGCGUCUUCCAGCUUCGUCGAUGGAUAUCAAACAGAGCGAAAAAUUAGGGAGCCAUCCACCAAAGUGAAGCCGGUCGAGACAUCCAGGGUGCACGACACUACUCAGGCGCGAUACACUGAUGAGGCGCACGACACUCCCGAGGCAGAACACACUACCGAGGGGCUAGACAACAGUAAGGCGCUUGACAAUGCCAGAGUCUUUCACCCAACUCCACAAGUCAGCAUGAGCACUGGUGUUGCUGACAGCAAACAAAAUGACGACUCCAGAAAUGCGACGAAGGUCCAGCCCACUGUCAAAGAAGUGACUAACAAUAUGGGCCAUUUGAGCAUGAGUCGCAGUAGCGACACCUCAGUAGGCUUUGUUCGAACAAAAGAGUCAUACGCCAGUACGUAUAUCACAAAGCAAGCCAGCAUCAAUGACGACCAGUCAGAUAAUAUGUCCACCGUGUUCACCUACCAAGAAGCCGGGAAUAACUAUCCAGUAGGGGCGAGCAUCAUGAUGAAGCAAGGAUGGAAGCAGGGACAAGGUCUCGGACCGCGCGGCAAGGGUAUCAAGAAACCUAUCGCUACUGGUGAUCAGGCCCAUCCUCAACACAGAUUACCUGGAAACAGUCCAACUGGGCCCGGUGCAAUAAAGUCUGGCGAUGAUAACGCACAGGACGAGAUCCUCGACGACUUGACUCAAGCUUAUGAAGAUUUUGAGUGGCAGUACGAGUCUUGGCCAGACGAGGUCGAACAGAUAACAAAGCCCAUGAACUCCGCUAAUUCUGGGGGUAACUACAUCCCUAGUGGGUAUAUUACCUCUAACAAGAAUUCGAAAAAGAAAACCGAGGGUUCAAAGUUAUGGGCAGACUUCAGUAAGAACAGCGUGGCGUACGACAAGGCUGACCAAGAGAAGAGAGGCCCCCCUCCCCAAGUUCCGAACUUCCAGUUGGAUUGUUCUAUUCCGCUGAAGGCGAAAAACUCUUCUCAGUACCCAAAGAUGCCGGAUGCAAGUGCCGGCCCCUCGACUAGUACCCGCCCAUGUGGCGCGGCUCGGAAACGCAACAAUUCGGUUGAUUCGUACACUUCUAAGCGAUCCGAACUACCUGAAAACUUCCCCUACACUACUACCCCGAUAGAACAACAGGAAUGGGUUCACCGAGACGCAGGAUGGUGGAUCACAUCCCAGAAGAAGAGGGAGAAAGAUUCAUCACGCUACUACGGCUGGUAA